GCAAAGAAUUUCUCACUAUGAAGUAUCCGCCAUUAGACAUAAAUGGGGGAAAAAUGUGAAUGGAUAUCCAUAUGAUUCAUAGUUUUAAAGAACGGUAAAUUUGAUUGAACUUAGCAACUUAACCAUUAAACGAGAAUAUGACUUGAUUCGUUAAUUUGAGUGUCCAAAAGUCAUAGCUCAACGGACAAAAAAUAUCAAAAAUUUUAUAUGGAUGCUGUGAUCUGGUUCGAACAGCAGUUAUUCCAGUUACGUGUUUGUAUCUGCGAAUUUUCAAAGUGAAUUCGUCUAUUUAGGAACAAAACAUAACUUGCACCCUCCUCCCUCCCUCUCUGGGCUUGUUAUACGAGAUAGUAACACCGCAAGAGAACGACGUUGAAAGUGUUUAUCAAUGAAAUUCAUUCCAAGGUCUCGUAUCUCUUUCAUGGCAUUCAAAAUCAACAUAUUCAAACUCCGUUAUUCUUCUUCUUCUCACACACUCGCAGAUACACUUGUCUCCAUCUUCACUACCAAAGGACCCACCGCACCUGAACUCACCAACUUCGCACCUGAACUCACCCCUCAUCUCGUCGAGUCCGUUCUCACACGCCUCCGCAGUUGGCGCGUCGCUCAAACCUUCUUCCAUUGGGCUUCCAAUCAACGCCAUUAUCACCACACUUCCUUCACCUUCAACGCCAUUGCUUCUAUCUUCUCACGUUCCCAUCAAACUCAACCUCUCAUUCACCUCGCCAAACAUCUCCCUAACUCCUCAUGUUCAUUCACACCUGGCGCUUUUUCCUUUUUCCUUAGAUGCCUCGGUAAUCUUCGCCUUGUUCAUCAAGCAAACCAACUGUUUGAUGAAAUGUCUCGGAAGGGACUUUUUGUUCCUGAUCGUUAUAGUCACAAUACUUUGUUGGAAGUUAUUUCAAAAUGCGGGUUGGUUGAUUUGAUGGAGAUGAGGUUGAAUGAGAUGAAGGGUUUUGGUUGGGAGUUUGAUAAGUACACACUUACGCCGGUUAUUGUUACUUAUUGCAAUGCUCAGAGAUUUGAUCAGGCUCUGAGUGUUUAUAAAGAAAUGGAAGAGAAAGGUUGGGUUGACGAACGUGUUUGUUCUAUGAUGGCAUUAUGUUUUUCUAAAUUGGGUGAGGUUGAUAAGGCUUUUGAGUUGGUGGAGAGGAUGGGUGAAUGUGGAAUGAGACUUAGUGAGAAGACAUUUUGUGUUUUGAUUCAUGGAUUUGUCAAGGAAUCGCGGGUUGAUAAGGCACUUCAGCUGUUUGAUAAAAUGCGUCGGGAGGAUAGUUUCACUCCUGAUGUUUCUUUGUAUGAUGUUCUCAUUGGAGGACUCUGCAAGAAUAAGGAUACUGACAGGGCUAUUAGCUUGUUUUCCGAGAUGAAGGAAUUUGGGGUUAGGCCGGACAUUGGAAUCUUAACUAAAUUGAUAUCAUGUUUUUCUGAUAGUAAAAGUAUGGUUUCCAGGUUACUAGAAGAAAUUCCUGAAGGGGAAGAGGAUGAACAAACUCUUGUUUUGAUUUACAAUGCCCUUUUGACUUGUUAUGUGAAUGAUGGGUUGAUGGAUGAAGCUUAUCGCCUUAUUCGAAUGAUGAUUCAAAGCAAAUCUAGUACUGAUAGUGACGAAAAUCGGAUGGAUGUUUUCUUCAAGACUGUCAAGAGAAUGGUUUUCCCAAAUAUCACUUCUUUUAGUAUUGUGAUUGAUGGCUUUCUAAAAAAUGAUCAGUUGGACCUCGCCUUGAGCCUCUUUAAUGAUAUGCGCCGAUUUGUUGAUAAACCAACUAUUUUGAUUUACAACAAUCUGAUUGAUAGUCUCUGCAAAUCCAAUAGAUUGGAGAAGAGCUAUGAGCUUUUGAGAGAGAUGAAAGAAUUGGGAAUUGAACCAACUCAUUUCACUUACAACUCCAUUUAUGGAUGUCUGUGUAAAAGAAAGGAUGUCUCGGCAGCAUGUGUUAUGUUAAAGGAGAUGGGUUCAUGUGGGCAUGGACCAUGGAUAAAACAUACCACCCUUCUUGUGAAAGAGCUAUGUGAUCACGGAAGGGUGAUAGAAGCAUGUGAGUUUCUCGAUAACAUGACUCAGCAAGGCUUCCUUCCUGAUAUAGUUUCUUAUUCCGCAGCAAUAGGUGGCUUGGUUAACAUUCAAGAAGUGGAUCAUGCAAUGAAAAUAUUCAAGGACUUGUGGUCUCAUGGCCACUGUCCGGAUGUGGUUUGUUUUAACGUGUUGAUAAGAGGGCUAUGCAAAGUCAACAGAUUCACUGAGGCUGAAGAUUUGUUUCAUGAGCUUGUUAAGAGGGGUCUUUCUCCCUCAGUUGUUACCUACAAUCUGUUUAUUGAUUGUUGGUGCAAAAAUGGUAAUGUCGAUAAGGCUAUGGCGCAUCUUUUCAGAAUGACCAAAGAAGACAAGGUGCCUAGUGUCGUUACAUACACAACUUUGGUGGAUGGGUUUUGCAAAGAAGAAAGGCCUGAUGAUGCUAUCUUGCUCUUUAAGGAGAUGGAGAAAAAUGGUUGCCCUCCGAAUCAAAUCACUUUCAUGGCACUUAUUUAUGGUCUUUGCAAAUGUUGUCGGCCAACCGAAGCCUUGUGUUAUUUACGCGAGAUGCAGCAGAAAGAAAUGAAACCCGACUCCUUCAUUUAUGUUGCAUUGCUAAGUGCAUAUUUGUCUGAUCUGAAUUUGACAUCUGCAUUUGAGAUUUUCAGAGAAAUGGUUGAUUUAGGAUUUUUUCCAAAACCCCUUGAUAAAAAUUACCCUACUGUAGUAGAUGCAAUACUCAAGUUCUGUAAGGAUGACAGAACAUCCUCAGGCAUCCAGGUUCUAAUUGAAGAGGGAAAGCUUCCAAUGCAUUGUGAACUUUUGGAAGUAAAAGAUUAAUCAAAGGGAGUCAACAAUUUUUUUGACAUUGCUAGAGUAAGUUAAUAUUACAGAUCAAAUUGAUGGGUUUGGCACUGGAAGAAAUGUAGAGAAACAAAUCCUUAUUUCAUUUUGUUUUAUUACUUGUUCGUUGAAUAUUAUUAAGUUGGAUAUAUUUUAUACACUCCAUUCAUUCUUUAUGAUGGGAUAAAAAAAUGUGGACCAAAAUCUAAAAAUUUCAACCCGUUAAUUCAACUCCUUACAUAUGCUUAGUCACUAAUGAUACCUUACUAUCUUCGUUCAUGAAAUUAAAGUAGCUCAGAAGAAGCAUGGAGUCGAUGGUUCUUCCGUUAGAGCUUAUACUACUGUUCAAGAAUUCAGAUUUUCCCAGUCAACAAGCGUAUGAUGCUGGGUUGAGAAGAAGUUUGAAGGUUCUUGAAACAGGACUCCUCUUGCAUCAACACCUUCCAUUAAAUAAGGCAGACCCUUCCGCACAGAAACUCCGGCGCAUACUCUCUGGAUCCCUUGAGAAACCUAUGGAUAUUGCAAAUAGCAGUGAAUCAAUGCAACCCCUCCGGAGUGUUGUUAUCUCUCUUUCUUGCAGAUCAUUUGACGGGUCAGUUCCUGAGACAUGUCAUUGGGCUAACGGGUUUCCAAUGAACCUUUGUAUCCACCAAACACUUUUAGAAGCUUGUUUUGAUACUCAUGUUGAAACAUGUGUGAUUGAAGAUUGAGGUGUUAGAGCUCGUUAAGAAGACCUGGCUUAUGCUAGGAAUCAAUGAAACAUUGCAUAAUAUUUGUUUUACAUGGGUCUUAUUUCAUAGAUAUGUCGUCACUCGUGAAGUUGAAAAUGAUCUGCUUUUUGCAUCCUGUAAUCUACUGAAGGAAGUUGAGAAAGAUACCGAGGCCAUGAAAGAUCCUAUUUACUCAAAAGCUUUGAGCUCCACGUUGAGUCUAAUGUUGGGUUGGGCAGAGAAAAGGCCCUUGCCUACCAUGAUACUUUCCAUGACGGUAAUAUUGAAUCAAUGGAGAGCGUUGUCUCUCUUGCUGCACUAUCAGCAAAGAUACUGGCAGAAGAUAUAUCUCAUGAGUAUAAUCGGAAGAACAAAGCCGAUGUAGCUUACGCCAGAGUUGAAAAUUAUAUUAGAUCAUCACUGCGGUCUGUUUUUGUUCAAGCAAGUUCUAUCACUCAAGCUUCCUUUCAGAUAGUAAAGUUGUAUGAUUAUUUUUUACAAUUGACAUUUAUAUAUGGUAUACUUUUAAUACCACUGACUGAAAUAGCAAUAAAUUAGUUGUUUUGCUCUAUUAUGGUGCUAAUUACCUAUUUUUGGUGCCAUUCAUAUGGCUUAACUCUUUUUAAUCUCUUUUAAGGCAGAAAUUGGAGAAAAUGGACCCUAGCAAGCAGCUAUCUAGAAAACAGAAUAAAGCUUUUCUCAUUCUCUGUGUCCUUGCACGAGACAUUACUGAACAGGCUUUUAAAGAGAUAGCCGUAUUUAGUCACAAACUGAAGAGAUGGCAUCCUCUUGCAGCUGGCGUUGCGGUUGCUACCCUUCAUGUGUGUAUUGAAAUGAGUUGAACAAAUAUGUUAAAGGUGUCAACAAGCUUACACCUGAUGCUAUAGAAGUGCUGAUGGCUGCCGACAUGUGGGAGAAAGAACUGGUGCAGAUAGCAGUGGGAGAUUCUGUUGACAGCGAAGACAAAUGAAAAUCCACUAGAAUGGAGAUCCAACCUUAUGAGGCUGAAGCUACAAUUGCUAAUUUUGGCAAGUCGUGGAUAAAUAUCAGAGCUGAUAGACUGGCGGAAUUGGUUGACAGAAUUUUGCAACAAGAGACAUGGAAUCCACAGACAAAUGAAGAAGGCUUUGCUCCUUUGGCAGUUCUGUUUUAUGGAUGACACUGACACGUUGGAUGCUUUUUGCCCGUAUCCAUGCAUGUAGUUUUACUUCCUUGAUAUCUGGUCUUGACAAAUCUAUCCAACAAUACAUUUUGAAAGCAAAAUCUGGCUGCGGGAACCAUAAUACAUUCAUCCCGACUAUGCCUCCAUUGACUAGGCAUUCAACAAAAGGAAAGUUUUGUGGUGUAUUUCAGAAAACAGAAAAGCCAGAAAUGACCAGAGGAGGAAAGCCCUUGUUAGAACCACAUACGGAGAUUGCUCAUUCAAUGCACCCCAUCUGUGUGUUGUCAUCAAUACCAUGCAGGGUAUUGGCAUGGACUUCGAGGUUUUGAAAAGGAGGAUAGUUGCCAAUCUUAACAGUUCUAAUUCCACUAACGAGGAUGAUAUAGCAAAUGAGGCGAGCUUCAAGUUCUCCACAGCGGCUGCAGUGGAAGGUAUCCGUCAACUCCGUGAGUGUAUAGCGUACAAAGUUGUUUUCCAAGAUAUGUCACAUUCUCUCGAUGGCCUAUAUGUUGGAGAAGCUUCAUUCGCCAGGAUUGAGUCUUUCCUUCAUGAGGUUGAGCAAUACUUAAAGAGAUCAUAUCAUCAACAAAGCACAAUAAAGUUAGAACACGGGUAAUUAUCCUACCUGAUAUAAAUGAAAUGUAUCUUUGAUGGUAACAAAGUCAAGUUACAAAAUGUACCCUACAGGCCACAACAAACAACACUGCAAAAUUAUGCAGCUAUCACUCGAAACAAAAAGGCACCAAAGUCCCAGACCAUCACAGUUAUGCAGGAACCAAAAUAUUAUGCAGCUACCACUACCAAUGAAACCUACAUAUAAUAUGAGAAGCAGAACAUGAUUGAAUAAGAGAAGCACCAGACCAACACAAAAUAAUAGGUUAAAAGAUACAGCAGUUUGAAUGGGUCUCACACACGUGCCUACAGGUUCAAUUGUUUAAAUCCGAUACCCCAACCGAACAUGAUCGGAUUUGUAAUUUUUGGACUGGAUUAAGAAAGUUGUCCAGCCCAAAUAGUACGGAUUGGUUUGGAUUGCGGGUUGGUUCGGUUUUGUCCAAACAACUAAACACCUUUUAGUUUAGCCAAAUAUGUGGGUUAUGAGAAUAGUUAAAAUUGAGUUUGACUCCAAGUGCACUUGACUUGGUUAGAGAAAUGAGUUUCCUCCUUAUCACCCAUUUGCUCCUCUGGUUAAUUAUAUCCGUAUCAUUUGGGUUUGGACUGAGUUUAUUAUUCUUUAAUCACACCCUUGGAGAAGACAAUGCUUAUAACAGUGCCGCCUCCAACGACUCAUUGACGAUUUUAAAUAGGGAAAUAGAAUGACCCUUUAGAAUAAAUGUCUUAGACAACUAGCGAUUAUUUUAUCAGGCAGAAAAUUUAAGAGCAUAACAAAUCCAAGGAAACUACUAAAGAAUGUAUGAAUAUAUACUAAUCUGUUAAACUCGUACUAGAAAGUUCAAAAUAAAAAGCAUUUUUUAUUUUA